AUGAGCUAUUCCUCUUAUGGUAAUGAAAGAUUGCCAUUUCCUUUUCAGGAUGAUCUAGGGAGUGAAGUGCUGGCUCCAGAUAAUCAGAAUGUGCCUUCAAAUGCUGGCACAAACACAGAUCCAUGUCUUCCUCGGCAGUCUUCUUCCGCCUCCUCCAGGAGUGCUCUCGAGAGUAAUGUCGAGCAGCAUACACAACCAAAUGUUGAUGUUGAAAAUUUUCCUGCACAGUCUUCAUCGUCUACUUCUUCAAGUUCAGUCAAGAAAUUCGCGGAGAUAGUAGCAAUCCAGGAGUCAUGUAUGCGUGCAUUGAUUGACCCAGACCAGGAACUUGCCUUGAGACUAUGGAAUCAGUCCCUUGAGGAUAUGAAGAAUCACUAUGCUCCUGAUAUUGAGAAGGCAUUAUCUGGGGAACAUCAGCCAACUACAAAUGCUCCUGGAAAUGGAGGAAUUUCCGUUGUCGAUUCCCUUCUUGAGCAGAUCAAGCAUCCAAUGGACCCUCAUAUGAGGCUUAUUUAUAUCAAGGGUCACAUACCUGCUAUCAGUGUUGACCCAAUUGGGAGCCGCUUUAUACUGAAGAAACUUGACACGGCAACUACUGGAGAGAUAAUUAUGCUCUAUAACGAAAUAAUGCCUCACAUCCACACACUGAUCAUUAAUGUCUUUGCCAAUAGUGUGAUUCACAAGCUUCUUGAUUAUGGACCAGCAGUCUACACUAGGAAGCUCGUCGGUAAUCUGUUGGGGCAUGUGUUAAACCUAAGCCUUCAGCUCUAUGGUUGCCGAGUGAUCCAGAAGGCUUUUGAAGUAGCCGACACUGAUCAGAAGAUAGAGAUGGCCAAGGAGCUUGGUAGCAACCUGCUGAAAUGUGCUUGUGACCAACAUGCAAAUCACGCCAUUCAGAAAUGCAUAGAGUUUGUGCCACCACAUCAUAUCCAAUUCGUCUAUAGAAGCUUAUGUGGGAAGGUCAAGAUGCUAUCCUCCCAUACCUUUGGAUACCAUGUCAUUCAGAAAGCGUUGGAGUUCUGCAAGGAUCCGCAAAUGAAGCAUGCGAUUGUCACGGAGAUUCUCGAAUCUGUCAACGAGCUGUCGGUAGACCCAUAUGGAAACUUUGUUGUCCAGUACAUUGUGGAGCAUGGAGAGCCCCAUGAAAGACAAAUUAUUGUGCUGAAAUUCGAUGGACGGGUUAUGGAGAUGAGCCACCAGAAGCACUCUUGUAUGGUCAUCGAGAAAUGCCUAAUCCACGGCAGCUACAUGGACCGCAAGCGGAUCAUAGUUGAGAUCCUCUGCGCCGCUGGUGGCACAACUGCCGAUCAUCUACUGGGUAUGAUGGUCCACGAAUAUGCCAACUUUGUGAUACAGAGGAUGCUUGAGGUGGCGCUGGAGUGGCAGGUCGACGUGAUUGUGAAGCUGGUGAGGCGUCACGAGGCCAUGCUGGCCAAGUACCCCCACGGCAGGGACGUGAUAGCGCAGGUCGACAAGGUCGUCAAUGCCAGGGCGGGGCUCCCCGGCUCCGCUGCACCAGCACCACCCCAGUCCCCCUAG